UCGCCUGUUGUGUCCUCAGAGCCAGCUGGUGAACGAAGGACCUUUAAACAGAAAAACGAACUGUACUCGACGGUGUCGAAUCUCCUUUCAGGGUUGAAUCAGUUCUAGAGUUCUCUCCCUUUUCAGAGACUUUAAUGAGCUAACAUGCCUCUGAACGACAAGCGACUCAACUCAACAUCCAGCGGUGAGGACCUGGGCAGUGAUGUGGAGUCAACUUCAGAACGCUACGACAGCCUGACCUCGUCCAGUGACCUGGACUGCUCCAGAGAAAGUUUCACCAGUGACUGUUCCAGCAAGCACUGCACUCCCUCUUCAAGUCCCCCCAAAACACUAACUCUGGAUGAGGUCAUUAAGUCCGCCAGGGACCUGUCCAGACUCAGUCUGGCCCAUGAGAUCACCGUGAACCAGAACUUUCAACUCGAGCCCAUUGGCCUACCUCAGGAAAGUCUAAUGAAGUUAAUUAGGGAUAACGUUCACAAAGCUUUUUGGGACAUCCUGGAGUCCGAGCUGAGCGACGAUCCACCUGAAUAUGGACACGCCGUCAGAUUAUUGGAGGAGAUCAGAGAGAUCCUCCUGUCAUUCCUUAAUCCUGGAGCCAAUCGAAUGAGAACCCAAAUCAUGGAGGUUCUGGACAUGGACCUGAUCCGUCAGCAGGCUGACAACGAUGCUGUCGACAUACAGGGCUUGGCCUCCUACAUCAUCACCACCAUGGGCAAGAUGUGUGCACCCGUCCGGGACGAAGACGUCAAGAAACUGCAAGAGAGUACAGAAAAUAUUGUAAAACUUUUCAGGGAGAUUUUCCGCAUCCUGGACCUGAUGAAAGCAGAUAUGGUGAACUUUAGGAUCGUAAACCUGCGGCCGGUGCUGCAGAGGCAGAGUGUUGAAUAUGAAAGAGCCACAUUCCAGAGCAUCCUGGAGAAAACACCAAAUGCUUUGAACAACACCACGGCCUGGAUUAAGUCAGCACUAGAGGAACUUCAAGCAUCCAUCCCCUCAGACCGGAGUCAAGGUAAAGACCAGAGGAUUGUACCCGGGCCUCUGCAGAUACUCGGUGUCGCCUUCCUUCAGAUCCUUACAUGGGACUACAAUAGAAACCCAUUGCCUGAGACCUGGAUAACAGACGAGGUCCGUCUGCGAGAGAUCCAGUGGAAGCUGCAGCAGCAUCAGGCGCUGACUGAGGUGCUUCUCAUUGUCCACAGCACCAUCGGUGGACCCAUCCAAGGUGUGUCGGCCUUGUCUGAGCGCUUGAAGAGGAUGAUCACAGUGCUGCUGGAUGGGAUGCACAGUGGAGACCUCAACCUAAAGGAGGCACUAGAGGGCAUCAGUGCACAGAUCUGCUGUGAGCUCAACAAGUCUUUAACUGAGAGAAACUACCCACCACUGACCCCAGCACUUCAAGGGACACUCAAGGGGCAGAUCUGCAGCAUCACUGAGGAGGACAAUCCUAUCCGAACAUUAGUUGAGGACCGUGUGCAGCAGUACUUCGUGGCACUCAUCUGUGAUCCUAAACCCCAGGCCAAACUUGAACAGGUACCAGCUGGCCUGACAGCCAUCAAAUCUGAACUGGCAGUGAUUGGAGCCAGGUAUAUCAGCCUGGUCAACUACAACAAAGCCGUGUACGGACCUUUCUACGCAGAUAUUAUCAGGAAGCUGCUCUUCAACAGCCAUCCUCCUGCAGGAAGCUCAACAGAGAGCAUGGCACAGGAGUCCCUUUCCUCUGACUGAAUACAAACUCUGGCUCGUUCAGUCUGAGAAAUCCUUUUAGCCCACAAGAUGGAGCUGAAGAUAAAUAAUAGACAAGUAUGAAUCCUCUUCUGAUCAGCCAGUGUUCUCCAACAGUUGGAGUUAGCUUGUUGUGUUAUUGAUUUAGUUUAUAUCACCACAUUCAGCAGUGGAGGUACUGCUUCAUUGAGGGGCAGGUCAUAAAAUUUGAGUCAUGUUAUAGUAAUAAAUGUUAUUAGAUAUGAACGUUCAUAUGUGAACCCUGCAGCCAUGUUUGUUUUUGUAAAGUCAAACUGCUGAUAUACAUAAAGGGAGAUAAACAAGGGCAGGGCUAUAAGUGAUGCUCCAGUGAGCUUUAUGAAGCAAAGAGGAAUCAAUUUUUUAAAAAAUGUAAGAAAUAGCAGUGAAACGUUGGUCUUUGAUGACAUAAUAAUGUAGAACCAAAAAGCCCUUUUUAUUGUCUCCACUAUUUAAUCUAGUUUCAUAGCAGAUCUUUUUUAGUUCCUAACAAUCACUGGUCAACACUGAAGUCACUUUGGAAACAUUAACAAAAUGUAGCCUCACAUAAAUGAUACACUUUCAUAUUUGGCACUGUACACAUGAGUGUAUUACAACUCAAUUUUAGAAUAUUUUAUAUGAUUAGUUAAUAGUUAAAACUGUAACUAGUUGUUUCAAAUGGUCAACCUUUUUAAUCCUAAAAUAUACUCUUUCUUACAUAUUUGUGUACUGGUCAAAUUAGUGUCUUGUUUUUCAUCAUUCCGUAUGUGAGUUGUUAGACAAUGAACAACAUUGUCAUUGGAAAACUUUUGGUGCAACUGGAAUUUUGCAAAACACAUGACUUCAGUUAUGAACAGUGCAUGUGCAAAAUAAUCAGGAUAAAUAAACAUAAUUCUAAUGCGAUUAAUGACAGUUUGACAGUCUGCAUGUGUACUUUCUGUAGAAAUAUUCAUAUUAUUGGUUUUAUCUUGUACACAUUUACUUACAUUCGCUAAUGUGAUUUACUAUGUUUUUGCUUAUAUUUUAGUUUUUCUUUUGGUACUGUGGUUGUUAUAGUGUUACAAUGCUGACAGUUUAAAAAAUAACUUGCAAUUUAAAGGCGCUUUACUCUGAGUGAUUUCUUCAAAGCAACUCAAAGAUAAAUAAAUGUGUUUAUAUUGUUCACGUUUACACAAUGUUGCAAAAAAAAUACAACUAUUUAAAACACAA